UCAACUUCAGGGCCGGCGGUCACCAACGCACUGGGGCUCGCCAUGUCGCGUCACCGGAUGGCCGCGACCUGUCGGAAGGGCGGGAUUGCCGCCGCUCCCGUGGACAGCCCGUGGCGUGAUUUCCAGAUCUACAACUAUUCCGGAAAGGUCGAAGUCAGGAUAAGGAAGAAGCCAGUACCUUGUUGCGUCGAGGACGACCUGUGAGAAGGUUUGUUUCUGUUAUGUCAACAUUCUCAAAUUUUCAUUUUUUUAUCCAGUCUGAAUGAAAUAAGUUACUUUCAGUACACAUAUUUUCUCGUUUUGCUAAUACCUAUAUGCAUAGCGUUUAAUGUUAAAUUUGAUAAGGUUUGUUUCGGUUAUGUCAACAUUGUCAAAUUUUCUUCUUUUUCUCAGUCUAAAUGAAAUAAGUUACAUUCAGUACUGUGUCCUCUUGUUUUGCUAAUACCUAAUAUGCAUAUGUUGUAAUCCUAUUCUACAAACAAAUAUAACUACUAUGCCAAAUUUCGUGUAGUACGAGUAUCUAUGAGGCUCAAAAUUUAUCUGUAUUAUUUUGAGAAAAAUAGCUCAUGUCCUAAAUGGACUACUAUUCUGUUCUAUUAUACAUACUAUUUCCAUAUUUCAGAUUCACUUUCCUGACAAGUGUGUAAAUCCUUUAUCUAAUUUUAUAGUUUAAAAUCAGCUAGAUGGCUCGAGAUAGGAUUUGGAUGGAUAUGAAUAGGGAUUCUGCGGAGUGGCAGAGUGGCAUUAAGGAAUUUUUAGAUUUGGCUUUUGACGGUAGUCCUGGAAGAUCAACCGCUUUAUGCCCAUGUAGAAGAUGUCUCAAUGCUAUUUACAAGGAAAGGGACGAAGUACACCUUGACCUGCUCAUGAAUGGGAUGGAUCCCAGUUAUACUUGCUGGAAAUACCAUGGAGAGGAUUCUGAUGACGAAAGUACGGCUGAAGGAUCUGAAGGUGAAGGGGUGAGAGGUGAUGACUUUGCAGUUCGUGAUUUGCUCAACACUCUCAUACGUAGCACCGAGCCAGAAAAUAGCAAAACCACAGGUGAAGGUACUAGUGAAGAGAUGUUGCAUGAUGAUGGUAAUAUCCCAGAAGGGUCUGCAGAAGGUAGAAGUAACGAAGAGGCAGGUGGAUGUGCCAAGGCUUUCUUUGCUUUGUUGAAGGAUGCUGAAAAGGAGUUGUACCCUGGUUGCAAGGAGCUCACAAAGCUUUCUUUCAUUGUGAGACUCUACCAGAUAAAGUGCUUGUUUGGGUUGAGCAACAGGGCAUGUGAGGCAGUACUUCAAUUGUUCACAGAAGCGUUUCCAAAAGGUCAUUGUAUUCCAAAUUCUCUCGAGAAAGUUCAGAAGAUAAUCCGGGAUCUUGGGCUUGACUACCAAAAGAUACAUGCUUGCAUUAAUGAUUGUGUGCUAUUCCGGAAAGAGUAUGCUGACAUGGAUUACUGUCCGACCUGUAAGGAAUGUAGAUGGAAAGCUGCUGCCGCUGAUGAAUUAGAUGUCGAGAGGACAAACCAUAAAGGGAAGAAGCAAGUGGCCCGUAAAGUUCUAAGAUAUUUCCCACUCACUCCACGGCUACAACGUCUAUUUAUGACCGAGGCUACAUCAUCAUAUAUGAGAUGGCAUAAGGACGACCGUGUGGAUGAUGGUAUAAUGCGGCACCCUGCAGAUUCUUUGGCAUGGAAGCAUUUUGAUAACAUUUAUUCUAAAGGAUUCUCUUCAGAUGCACGGAAUGUAAGGCUUGGGCUUGCAUCUGAUGGGUUCAACCCAUAUGGGAUAAUGAAUGUGUCAUACUCUUGUUGGCCAGUGAUUCUAAUUCCAUAUAACUUGCCUCCUUGGUUGUGUUUGAAACAACCAUAUUGGUUUAUGUCGAUGAUAAUUCCUGGAAAAAAGUCACCAGGAAAUAACAUCGAUGUAUAUCUACAGCCUUUGAUAGAUGAACUCAAAGAUCUAUGGUAUGUUGGUGCGGACACAUAUGAUGCCACAACGAAGAAGAACUUUCAGAUGCAUGCAGCCCUCAUGUGGACAAUUAAUGAUUUCCCAGCUUAUGCAAUGCUAUCUGGUUGGAGCACAAAAGGAAAACUAGCAUGCCCAUAUUGCCACAUGCACACAGACCAUUUAUGGUUGAAAUAUGGGCGCAAGUACUGUUACAUGGGUCAUCGCCGUUUUCUAAGUCGUGACCACAAGUGGCGUAGAAACAAGAGUUGCUUCAAUAACGAGACAGAAAAUAGAGAUGCUCCGGUGCCACUCUCGGGCAAUGACGUGGUACAACAACAUGCAAGUUUUGAGCAGGAAACCUUUGGGAAAACUAGAAAGAGGAAGCGUGAUGAUGAUAAUAAGUGGCAUAAUUGGAGGAAGAAGAGUAUAUUGUUUGAUCUCCCUUAUUGGAAGAACUUGCUUAUUAGGCAUAAUUUGGAUGUAAUGCACAUUGAGAAGAACAUCUGUGACAGCUUUUUAGGGACACUGCUUGAUAUGGAUGGUAAAUCAAAGGAUACUCUGAAGGCCCGUCUUGAUUUGCAGCACUUCAAGAUAAGGAAGGAUCUGCAUCCAAAUGUCAGUAAUGGAAAGUAUACUUUAAAUCUAGCUUGCUAUAAUUUGACCAAGGAUGAGAAGAAAAUGCUAUGCAAGUUUUUGCAUGGUGUAAGGAUGCCCGAUGGUUAUGCAUCAAACCUAAAAAGAUGUGUGGACCUCGAAGGUUGUAAGGUGUCUGGGCUCAAAACUCAUGACUGCCAUGUCCUCUUUCAGAAACUUCCCAUUUGGGUACGCAAUAUACUUCCCAAGAAAUUUGUUGUCCCAUUCCUCGAGCUAAGCCUAUUCUUUGCUGCGAUUUAUUCCAAGGAAUUAAAUCCUGAAGAGCUAGCAAAGUUGAGUCGUACAAUUCCAGAAACUCUCUGUCGACUUGAGAUGAUCCUUCCACCCCAGUUUUUUGAUAUCAUGAUGCACCUUCCUAUUCACCUUGCUAAAGAAGCUCGAUUAGGUGGACCUGUUGCUUACCGAUGCAUGUAUCCUGUGGAAAGAUAUUUGCGCACACUUAAAGGAUAUGUGCGGAACAAAGCUCACCCAGAAGGUUCAAUUGCCGAGGGUUACAUAGCUGAAGAGUGUCUAACAUUUUGUAGCCGCUUUUUUGGUAACAUUGAUACCAAGCUUAACCAGCCAGAGCGUCAUGAAGCUGCAGCUAGAGAUGAAGGACCAGCUGGACUUAGUGUAUUUGGCACAAUUGAUCACUCAAAGAAAGGUUUCACAUUUGAAACACUUUCUAAGGCAGAGAUGAAGCAAAUUAGGCACUACAUAAUAACAAACUGCGAGGAAUCCAACUCAUGGACCGAGUAAGGAUGUUUUUAUUUUUUAUUUUUUUCUUCAUGGUACAUAUGCACUGUUCUGAACC